GCGGAGGGCGCGGGGUGCGAGCGUUGCUGCGCAAAGGCGCUCGGCGUUAGGGCUACCCGAGUUGCGCUGCACGAAUCCCGGCGGCCUCUCCAUUCAGCGGUCGUCCAGAUUUGUGCACUCCGGAUCUCGGAGGCCUAACACCCCGUAUGGGGACGGUGGCACUCGCUUCUUCCUCCCUUCAGCCUCUUUUACGGAAGAAGACAGGAAAGCAGAGAAAGGACUCUUCUGAGUUCUGAGAGGGGGAGGCAUGGGCAGCGGUCCCCGCUGUCUCUCGGUCCAGUUCGGGUGUUCGUGUGAACAUGCACAAGGCCGUGGAGUUUUCUUAACAGCAUACAAAAGUGGUUUGCCACUCUCUUGUUCCGGGGUACUUUUUUAAAAUUUCCUAUUCUGGUCUACAACCCUGCGGUUUCUUGGUGGUCUCCCAUCCAACUAUUAAUCCGGCCCAGCUCAGCUUAGCAUUUCUCACGAAGGAGAAUUGGAGAGUGGAACCUGUGCUGUGAGGUCCUUCAAUGCAAAGGGAUAGGAACAAGAAAAAAAGUUUUCGGACCAUUUCUAAGGAACAUAGCAAGCCAAAAAAUGACAGAAAAUGACAGGUGCACAAAUGUAGAGAAAUAUGUUGGUGAAAUUAAGGGAGGACUGAGGCCAACUAUGAAAAUCACUAUCAUGGGCGUGAUAUAUCCCACUCCGAAAAGUUUUUCAGUAACUUUGCUUUGUGACCCCAAGGAUGAUCACACAACCAAAGAUAUUGGAUUAUUACUUGUAGUCAGCUUUAGCGAUAAAUCCAUUGUCCGGAAUUCGCAAAUUGCUGGGAAAUGGGGUAAGGAGGAAAAGACAAUUCCCUAUUUCCCAUUUACAGCAGAGGAUUCAUUUAAGAUGGAGCUUUUGUGUGAACAUCAGCAGAUCCGGAUCCUGCUUGAUGGACGUCAGUUGUUUAGUUUCAGUCACCGUGUGCAGCCUGUGCAAAGGAUGACUAUUUUGCAAAUCGCAGGAGACCUCAAACUUACCAAGGUGGCUUGAAGCAAAUAAUAAAUCAAAAAUGUUUUUCCCAUUCUUGAGCUAUGACACUUCGCAAUCCCAGGCAACGUGACUAAUGGCGAAAGAUCCCAGGAGGCCAUUUUAGCCCAAUGUCUGAAGGAUCAUAAAUUCUCCACCCCUGUAAUAAAUAAUCCCAUAUCAUUACUGCAUUAUGGCAAAAGUGUUUUUUCUUCAUUUUUUCCUUUCUUUGCUUUUAUGUGUGCCUCUUGAAAUGUUUGUGAAAUUUCUGUUGUUUUCUUAAGGCUCCUCCCCCCCCCCAACAGAAUUUAAAUAUUAUUUUUUACUUUAGCUCAGGAUUCUGGGACUCUUGCAUGCCCAUUCUGUUACUGUCUACUGGAAGCCUUGGGAUGAGAGAGGUGCCGGUGCACAGAGAUUUUAUAUUAAUUUAUAAAAGGAAAACAAUUUGUUAUAUACAAAAGGUUUUUCAGCACAUUUUUUUUUAUUGUGA